AUGGAAAAGGGAAAAACUUCAAACUCAACUUCAUCCCCACCCACUCAACAACCACAUCACAUUGAUCGCGAUGAAAUACAAUUCGGACUCGAUAAUUUGGCUGGAACUUUGUAUACGAAAUUGGACAAGGAAGAGAAUACAUUCCUGAUUCAAAUCAAAGAGGCAGCAACUGGAAGAAUGUGGAAAAGGGUAAUUUCCUCCGAUGAUGCUUUGGAAAUCAGUAAACAAGGUACCAAGUUGAGUGUUGAAGCAAUUGCUCAAAUGAUCAUGAGUGCUUUUAAAGGAGAAGAAAAGAAUUUAUCGUUUGAACUCUUGUUCAGUACUGAAUGUUAUCCAUUGAGUACUCCUUCCUCGGAGAUGAAAAAUCUCACUCCUACCUUGAAUGAAAUUCACUCGAAAAAGUGUGCCCUUGUAGUUGAUAUUUCACUCAAAGCUGUUUUCUUAACUGUCAAAGUUGCCUUCACAUUGGAGGAAGUUGAACGAAACGAACAAGUCAUGAUUGAAGAUUUAAUGCGAAAGAACUUUUAUUUCAGUCAAAUAAUCGAAAGAUUGGAGUUGAAAAACACUCUUCUCGAGCACAAGUACUUACUUCAAAGCAAACAAAUUAGCGAUUUGGAAAAUAGACUUACUGAGCUUACUCAAUUAUUCAUCCAAACCCUGCAAUUACAAAAGUUAAGAAACAUGGAGUCUUUACUUGAACAACAACAACCAUCACAAGAAACCUAUGAAGAGUCCAUCGAAGGAGUGGAUCAGUUUUCUGAUAAAUGCAGCCCUAAUUGCGUAAUCUCUGAGGAUAAAAAACGAGUUCAUGCCAAGGAGAACGCCUGGGGAACCACCUGUAGACUAAGCAAUCACGUAUCUGUCCAUAACAAUUAUGUAGAAUUUGUGAUUGAGAAAGUAACAGAAGAAUGUGUCUUGUUCUUUGGUAUCAUCACUGCCGAGUAUGAUAAUCAACUUUGCACAGAAAACAAUGUGAUUGGAUCGAGCCAAUACAGCAAUUCCUUUGCUCUCUCCCUGACAGAUAAAAAGUUCUACUGCAAUGGCAGAAGUGUAGCAGAGUCAUUUGUUCAAGAACCCACCGAAUGGAAAGUGGGUGACAAGAUUGGCAUGCUUGUGGACUUUAAGCAAGCUUCUCUUAAUUACUUUUUGAAUGGCAAACUCAUGGCUCAAACCUUCAAGGGACAAGUCGAUGAAAACAAGAGAUGGUACUUUUGUGUGAGCAUGUGUAAAGCUGGCGAUUGUGUUUCCAUUGCACCAAAGGAUGAAUAA